AUGUCUGACGAAGAAGAAAAUGUGUCUGAGGAGGAGGUAGAGGCCGAGGAGGAAGAAGCAGCAGAAGCUGUAGAGGAUGAAGAAGAAAAGCCUGAAGAAAAAGAGGAAGCCAAGCCUCCCGAAGGUGAGGGUGAAAAUGAAGAAGUCAAACUUCGCCGGGCCCCUCCGCAAGAGAAGGAAACUGAACCGGAAGAACUUACAGAGGCUGCGAAAGCAAUGCUAGCAGCAAAGAAACGACAUGAAGAAGAAGAAGCGGCAAAGAUGCAAGACUAUGAAGAAAAACGAAGAGCCGAAAGAGAACAAAUUGAACAAGAACUGCGAGAACUUCGCGAAAAGAGGGAACGUAGAAUGCAGGAACGUUUGGAGGAAGAGCGUGAAUUUGCUGAAAGAAUUCGUCUUGCUGAGGAAAGACGAAAACAGGAAGAGGAAUCUAGCAAGCAACGUAUUGAAGAGCAGAAACUGAAACGUGAAGAAGAGAAGAGAAAGCGUCAAGAAAUGAUUGCCGGUUCAUUAGGAGGUGUUAAAACAGAAGGAGGACCAAACUUUGUCAUCACCAAACGAAGAAAGGAUGAGUUUGGCAGCAUCAACAAGGCACAGGGUCCAUCAGAAGAAGAGAAACGAGAGGCCAAAGAGGCGUUUGUACAAAUGAUUACUCGACGUAAAAUGGAUGCAAGUAACAUGCUUGAGAACGACUUAAAAAAUCAGAUUAGAAUCUUACACCAACGCAUCUGCAAAUUAGAAGCCGAAAAAUAUGAUCUUGAAAAACGACAUGAACGUCAGGAAUACGACCUUAAAGAAUUGCAUGAAAGGGAGAAGCAAGUUGCACGUAACAAAGCCUUACAGAAAGGGUUGGAUCCAAAUGAAGCUGCGAGCUCUCCGCAUCCUCCUAAAGUUAAUGUGGCAUCUAAAUUUGAUCGACAGAUCGACAGACGUUCUUAUGGUGACAGAAGAACACUGUUUGAAAACCCAGUAGUCAAGAAACCGCCAAAGCUUGCUCGUGGUACCGCAAGACCUCCACCAGAAUGGGGAAGAACCGGAAACGAAGAGUUGGAGCUCCUUAGGAAAAUUCUUGAGCCACCAAAGUAUGUCGAACAGGUGAAAGCAGAAGGCGUUAAACCACCAAUAGAACCAAUACCUUUGGUACUACCAGAUCCUGAUGAAACUGAAGAUGAACCACCGGCAAAAGUAUAUUUUUACUGA